GCAUCUAUAUCGACAGACACUAUGAACCAGAGUUCCGUUGUGAUCGCAUCUCGAAUCAGCUUUAUUGGCGAAUCUCCAUCCAGGGCCAGUAAAGCCAACUUCUCCUUCAUGGACAAGCGGCAAACAUACCGCGUCAUAGUUGAUGGACUUGACGUUACCCCGGAUGAUAUCGUUGACCCUGAUUUCGUCACUAUGGAAGAGACUUUCGCACACGCCGCCUUUGAAAGCAAAUCUCGUUUUAAGAGUGAAAUAGGCCUUAGAGUUUCCAGAUCCAAAUCACGAUCGACUGCGGACGCUGGUAUGAAAGUUUACGCGACUACAAUUUCCCUUGACGACAUCCAUAUCGAUCACACAAUGAACACUGAGGAGGGCUUCAUUGCGGAGGACGAGGUGCUUGAGAUAGCUCCUUCCGCUUUCUAUUUGCCAAAAAGUUAUCCCGUCAUGGCGUACCCACCUGAGAUAUUUAUUAUUUUAAAAGAAACUGAAACAUGUUUCUUAUUCGAUUUGCAAAGUUAUUCAUACGACAAAGGGUCACCAGAGGGCGACGUAGUUGAAGAAGAAAACGAAUUCUAUCAAUAUAUAACAGUAGGUAAAGGUAGAAAUCGAAAAAUGGUAAUUGAAGAAACCCAAACUGAAGAAGUUGUAACACAGACUCGACAUACAUUGGCAGUGAGACCACAAAAAAAGAACGCAAUAGCAUUCGCCUCUUUGUGGGACAUGCACGAUACAUACGCACGGCUCGCGCAAGUACAGGUCGUUGAAGAACCCGAUGAAAUGGUCAUGUACCAAUCUGCUGCGCCUAAUUUAUUGAGAAAGAAAAAAAAGAAGGUUAAUGAGACCUCGCAUAAAAAAGGUAAGACUUAUUUGGAAAUCGCACCAACAAAAGAAUUUUCUGACGCAGUAUUGCUCGUGGAAAGAGUUCUCGCCACCUUAGAGUAUUCUGAUGCUCAAAAGAAAUUUCGUGGCCUUAUACGGAUGGAUCCUCUUUCUUUAGACUUAGUGUAUGUUUACUCUUUGAAACCGUUGUGGAAAUUCGAUUGUGAAGAUACCGCAAACCGACCUAUCACAAGCAUAUCCUUUAAUCCCAAGAAUGAAAAUAUUGUAGCGGUGGGGCACGGAAAAUUCAGUUACGCUGAAUAUUUUGAUGGUUUAAUUUGUGUUUGGUGUACCAAAAAUCCAAUCAAACCGGAGCGUUUGUAUCGAUUUCCGGAUCCUGUUACAUCCGUAUCCUUCUCCGAGAAGAAUCCCAAUUGGUUGGCCUGUGGUUUCAAUAACGGAGACGUUUUAAUCCUUGACAUCACAUCGUACACUAUAAAAGUAAUAGCACAAAGUAAACGCGACACCAACCCGUGUUUUGAACCCAUAUGGGUGACUAACUGGCGCGCUAUUGAUAAAGAAAAUGAAUACGUUAUGACAACCUGUCAAGAUGGAAGGAUCAACAGAUUCACAAGCACUAAAACGCAUGAUUUUAUAUGCACGCCCAUGAUGCGCGUGUCUACUGUCGAAGGCAGGAUGAAGGGUUUGGAAACGACCAAGACAUGUGUGAAAGAAGACGUACCCGUAACGAGGUACGCAGCCGCGUUGUGCAUGAAAUGGCAUCCGUCGAUAGACCACGUCUAUUUGGUCGGCACUGAUGAAGGCUGCAUCCAUAGAUGUUCGACGCACUAUUUGAAUCAGCAUAUCGACGUAUUCAGGGCCCAUGCGGGCCCAGUGUACGGCAUGGAGAUCUCCCCUUGCAUGAAGUUGUUGCUCGUGUCAUGCGGAGCUGAUAAUGCAAUCAGAUUGUGGAUGGAAGGCAUCGAUGAUGUCAUCAUGACCCUGACUUGCCCCGCAGCCGUUUACGGGAUAGCUUUCUCGCCCAUUAACGCCACCGUCCUGAUUUCUGUGAGCGGUAAUAUUCUCUCCAUCUGGGAUCUUCGAAGAAAAACUCACAUGCCAUGCGCUGAAUACACUUUCCCUAAUAACGUUGUUUUAACUUAUAUUAAAUUCAGCACUUCCGGAGACAACGUGUUCGUGGGAGACACUGCGGGUCGUAUACACACUUUCCAUUUGGAAGAUACGCCGAUCCCACCAUUUUAUCAGCGCAAAAUGCUGGAUGAAGCGCUCAAGAAGGCGCUGUGCACUCGACCACAGUUGUUGAAACAACUGGAUAAGUUGGAGAAGUUAAGAGAGAAGCACGGGAAGCAGUAGAUUUAUUUUAAUACUUUAGAUUAUGUAGCACUCACCAAUGUCUGUGAUAUUUUAAUUAUAUAGAUAUACAGGAAGUUAAAAUGUACCAUUUUCUUUUUGUAAUAGCAAUACAUAUUUAACAUUGACAAAUAUGUAUAUGGGCAAUAGUCAUAAAACUGGGGUUAUGAG